AUGAAAUUACAGCUGAAAUGCACAUUAACGGGUCACGAAAUACCAUUCGACGUGCAAAAAUUACAAGAUUACAUCAAAUCACCGAAAUUUUUACGAUCGUGGCGUAUUUACAAAAUUAUGGAGAAAUAUGGCGAAUACUUUGAUGAUAUCGGCGACAAUAAAUUUGGAUGUAAAGUGACGAGAAGAAUAAUUACAAAAGAUCCCGAUGCAUUAGAACGACAUAUUAAUGGCAAAAAAUUCAAGAGGGAUUUGGAAAAAAGUAAGGUAUUAAUAAAUUAUUGA